AUGAUUGACCCGCCUCGUGCUGCUGUGCCGGACGCCGUCGCCAAAUGUAGAUCCGCUGGCAUUAAGGUCAUUAUGGUGACCGGAGAUCACCCAAUCACUGCCAAAGCGAUUGCCAAAGGUGUGGGAAUUAUUUCCGAAGGCAACAAGACAGUGGAUGAUAUCGCUGCGGAACGUGGAAUCCCAGUUCGCCAGGUGAACCCAAGGGAUGCAAACGCGUGUGUUAUCCACGGAUCGGAUUUACGUGAUAUGACGCCGGCUCAAAUCGAUGAGAUUCUCACUAAUCACUCAGAGAUCGUCUUCGCCCGUACCAGCCCUCAGCAGAAACUUAUCAUUGUCGAGGGGUGUCAGCGUCAAGGUGCAAUUGUCGCUGUGACUGGAGACGGUGUAAACGACAGUCCGGCGUUGAAACAAGCUGACAUCGGUGUUGCUAUGGGAAUUUCGGGUAGCGAUGUCAGCAAACAAGCAGCAGAUAUGAUAUUGUUGGAUGACAAUUUCGCAUCCAUCGUCACUGGUGUGGAAGAAGGACGAAUUAUUUUCGACAAUUUGAAGAAAUCAAUCGCCUACACACUCACCUCCAACAUUCCUGAGAUUACGCCAUUCCUGGUAUACAUUCUGGCCGAUGUACCCCUACCGCUUGGCACGAUAACCAUCUUGUGCAUUGAUCUCGGAACAGAUAUGGUUCCCGCAAUCUCAUUGGCCUAUGAAGAAGCAGAGGCUGAUAUCAUGAAACGAAUGCCACGGGAUCCUUUGCAUGAUAAGUUGGUAAACGAACGGCUGAUCUCCAUGGCGUAUGGCCAAAUCGGUAUGAUUCAGGCUCUGGGUGGAUUCUUUGUCUAUCUUGUCAUCAUGGCUGAGAACGGUUUCUGGCCCACCCGACUACUUGGAAUUCGACAAGAAUGGGAUUCGAAGGCUGUGAAUGACCUGGCCGACUCGUACGGACAGGAGUGGACAUACAGUCAGAGGAAGCGGUUGGAGUACACUUGUCACACCGCGUUCUUUGCCUCAAUUGUGGUUGUCCAGUGGACCGACUUGAUGAUUUCUCACUUUUGGCCUCUUCUUCGAGACAUCACUGGCCAUCUUCUUGUCCUAUUGCCCAGGUCUGGACAAGGGCUUACGAAUGAUGCCUCUCCGGUGAGUUCCGCUCAGUGUUUUGUGUUUAUGUGCCAAAUCUGA